AUGUCUUGGACGGAUUUAUCGGUGAAAUUGAAGCGAGAAGUGGCCGGAAGGCUCGAUUUUAUGAGCAGACGCUCCAUGAGUCAAACAACCCGUUUGAAUCGCGAAAUUGUGGAUUCCACGCGAAUUUCGGUGCCACGUGUCAAGAUUGUGGUCGACGAUUCGGAUUACUUCAUCACGAUGUACACUGGAAUCGAGAAGUUUCUGAAAAUUGAAAUUAAGAAAGGAUACGAUCAGAAGACGGUGGUCUCGAGAUCAGAAAAUAACAGUGAGACUGUCCAAUCGAAACCAACCGAGAAGAGUACGAUGGAUGUGUUUGUGGAGAUUCUCGCGAGCUUUUUCAAGACGGAGGCGGUGGAUAUCGGUGUUUUGGAGUGGGAUUUCAAACAACACGCCGUCCUUGGUUCUGAGAACGAUAUGAAAAUGAAAAAGCGUCAAGGAAUCUUCGUCAACGUCCUCUCGUCGAAAAUCGAGAAAUCAACUGGCGGAUCCACAGUUUUCCACACCGAGAAACUGGUGAUUUCCGACAAAUGUGCAUCUGAUUUCACGAAAGGUCUUCUGAAUCUCUGCGACAAAGAAUAUCUGGAUUCUAUGAAGGUUCUCACGCUGACAUCGAUCGAGAAAGCCUCGAAAACCGGAGCGUGGUGCGAUGUGUACACGGAAAACGCGGAAUCCUUUUACAGUCAAGGUGUUUUCUAUGAGGAAGUCCCAUGCGUCGACAAGUUCCUUAUGACUACAAGCCACCGUACCACCAACUGGUCGACACUUCGAUUUGCGAGACUCAAUGAGAAAGCAAUGAAAAUUUGGAGUCGUGCCGGUUCAGUGCUUUCGAGAACGCCCGACAAGAAAGAGUUCAAAAUUGUGCGUGAGAAGGCGGAAAAGAAGAUUUUGUUGCAUAAGAAGACGGAAUGCGGGUACUCUAUCACUGUGUACACCGACGAGAAGUUCGAUAAGUUGGGUGGGAUGAAGUGGUUUGAGACGGAGUUUAUGCAACGUCCCAAUGAGAGAGACCAAUUGAUUGCUCAGUAUGAACAGUUGUACUUGGAAGUCAGUCAACUAGCUGAGAAUUUCACCAAAAAGAUGAUAGAGGAGAUCAAAAAGUUGAGGGACUCACCACAAACGAAGGAGAUCAAAACUGGACUCAUGAAGUGUAAGGAGCUGGCGAACGGGGCAAAUGCACUGGUCGAAACUGUGAAGUCGAUGCUGCUGAAAUUGAAAAAGUCCGAAGAAUUCGGAGUGGACGUGAUUCGAGUGAGAAUUGGGCAGAUUCUGGAGGCGAAAUCUCGAUUGGAGGCGAGCAUGAAGCUGUUUGGAAGCACUGGAUCCAACAAUAAACUUCCUCUUCAACAUAUCGAAAGAGAAAUUCUGAUUGCCCAAUGUGAGCAACUGUUCCCGGAAGUUAGUCAUCUAUCGGUAGUUGUAUUGGCCAAGAUGUCAGAAGUCUCGAAAAAACUAGAAGGUGUUCCACUAACUGCUACUAUGAAGACAGCAAUGAAACCAUGGAAAGAGUGGACUAGGGCGUUUCGUGACCUACCGAGACUCACCAGUUUUUUGUUGAAUCAAUUCAAAAAUAGCUCAAAUCAAGUCGGUUUGAAAGUAAUCCGGGAGAAGAUUGAUUCUAUUCAAAAUCUGAAAAUCCGUUUGGAGAAAGCCAAGGAGAGUGCUGAGGCAAUGGGAGGUGUUUCUGAAGACGUCGUCAAGACUCCAGACGCCGGAAAGGCCAAACUAGUUGCUCAAUGCUCUCAAUUAUUCCCAGAAGUUGCGACAUUGCUCAUCAAACUCACCGGAAUCGUGACACAAAAUCUCAAAAGACUCAAAGACGCCCGACAAACAAAAGCCGUGAAAACUGAGAUCAAGGAUUGCAGGGAGUUGUUGAAAUCGAUUGAUGGCUGCUCGCCAGCAAAUUUGCUGAAAGCACUGAAAAAAAUAAGAAACGAUGAAGUUGAAGUUGAGACGAUUCGGGAGAUGAUAGUUCAGGUUCAGAGUAUCAGAAGAAAGAUGGAGGCGGAAGUGAAACGUUUCGAAGGAAUGGGUAUCUAUGCGGAUGUUGGAGAAGAGGAAGCUACUGCUCGCAAGAUUCAGGUUCUGAAUCCAGUUGUCACUUCUGAAAACCAUGAAAAUCUAGAAGAUAAGAACAAAUCAGAAGAUGGUGCAUCAGGUGGAAAGACAGCUGCAGCAGCUCCAGAUGGCAAGACGACUACAGAAGACGCCUUCGGUGCAUCAGAACCUGACGUCGUCAAGAAAAUUGAUGUAGCUCACCAAAUUCUAAAUUCACCUGUCGUUUCUGAAGACCCGGAUAACGUCAUCAAGACUCCAGAUGAGAAGAACGAUUCUAAAGCCAUAAAUCUUGUCACCGAAAAAGCCGAACUAGUUGCUCAAUGCAAGCAAUUAUUUCCAGAAGUUGCCACAUCGCUCAUCAAACUCACCGAUAUCUUGACACAAUAUCUCAAAAGACUGAAAGGCGGCCCACGAACAAAAGCCGUUAAAACUGAGAUCAAAUAUUGCAAGGAGGUGUUGAAAUCGAUUGAUGACUGCUCGCCCGCAGAUCUGCUGGAAGCACUGAAAAAAAUAAGAGACGAUGAAGUUGAAGUUGAGCAGAUUCGGGAGAUGAUGGUUCCGGUUCAGAGUAUCAGAGGAAAGUUGGAGGUGGAGAUGAAACGUUUGGAAGGUCUCGGUAUCUGUGCGGUUGUUGGAGAAGAGAAUCUUAACGACGAAAAGUCCGUCUUGAUCGCUCAAUGUGAACAACUCUUCUCGGAAGUGAGCCAAAUGGCGUCUAAACUUUUGAGAAUAACAACAAAAUGGAUCAAACGAUUAGAAGACAAACCACAGAAAACUGAUGAGUAUAAAAAUGCGGUGGAGUCAUGUCAGAAUAUUGCAAACUACUGCAAAAAGAUACCCGGGUGCAUGAAAGAUUUCGCAUAUCUCCUCAAGAUAUCGGACGUUGGAGCGGAAGAGGUUCGGGUGGAAAUCACAAAGACUGAAAAUAUAAAACGUAAGCUGGAGGAAAGAUUACAACAGUGUCAGGACUACGGUUAUGAUUCGGAGGAUUCAGAAGACGUCAAUAAAGACUCCAAGAAGCUUAACGAGGAAAAAUCCGCGUUGAUCGCUCAAUGUGAACAACUCUUCCCGGAAGUGAGCCGAAUGGCGUCUAAACUUAUGAGGGAAAUGACAAAUAUGAUCAAACAAAUCAAAGGUCUUCCACGGAAAACUGAAGCGUUGAAAAAUGUGCUGGAGGCGUGUCAGACGAUUUCAAACAACUGCAAACCAGUACCCGAGUGCAUGACGGAAGAGUUGACGUAUCUCCUCAAAAAUUCGGAUGAAAUUGGAGUGAAAGUGAUUCGAGAAAAGUUGGGAACGGCUGAAAAUAUGAAACAUGUGCUGGAGGACAAACUAAAAAAAUAUGAGGAUGAUUCAGAGGAUCCGGAAGACGUCAAUAAAGACUCCAAGAAGCUUAACGAGGAAAAAUCCGCCUUGAUCGCUCAAUGUAAGCAACUCUUCCCGGAAACCGGCCAAGUGGCGUCUAGACUUAUGAGGAAAAUGACGAAACUAAUAAAACGGAUAGAAGAUCUACCUCAGAAAACUGAUGCGUGUAAAAAAAUGCUGGAGACGUGCCAGAUAAUUUCAAACUACUGCGAGCCGAUACCGGAAAAAAUGAAAAAUGGGUUGACAUAUCUCCUCGAGAAUUCGGAUAACAUUGAAGUGGAUGAGAUCCGGGACACUAUGGGAGAGUUGCAAGAUAUUAAACAUGUGCUGGAGAUCAAACUGAAACAGUGUGAGAAAGAUUCGGAGGAUUCUGAAGACGUCACGAAGGCUCCAGACAACAAGAAAAAAACUACGGUGAUUCUAAACUAUGAAAAAUAUCUCUUGAUCUCUGAAUGUGAACAACUCUUCCCGGAAGUCAUCCAAAUGGCGUCUACACUUGUUAGCAAACUGUCAAAAUUGAUCAAACUGUCAGAAGGUCUUGAACUGAAAACUGAAAAACAAAAAAAUGCUGUGGAGACCUGUCUGGAAGUGUUGAAAAUGUGCGAACCGGUAUCCGAGUCCACGAUGAAUUUGUUGACGUACCUCCUCGAGAAUUCAAAUAAAAUUGGAGUGGAGUACAUUCGAGAAGCAUUGGAAAACGCUCAGGAGAAAAAAAUUCAACUCGAGGAGUGGCUGAGCACUUUUGAAAAUCACAAACUGUCGAAUUGUUUUAAUACUGGAGAUGUGGUGGAUACUGUGAGUCUCCAAAAAGAAAGAAAGGAGCUCUCAGCUGAAUUUGUGCAAUUGGCGGAAGAUGUCAUCCAAAUCGCUAUGAAUUUCUCAACAAAACUAUCAGAAACUGCGGAGAUAUGUAGAACACGAGUUGCAAAGCCUGCGGAGUUCAAAGAAUUCCGUGAAUCAUGUGAGAAAGUGGCGGAGCAAUACAAAAAUCACUCAAAAAAGUUUGCCGAUGCUCUCAACGAGUGCAAGAAAAAUGAUUUGGUCAAGAAGGAUGUUGGGGAGAUUCGGCAGCAAAUUCUGAAGUUGCAAGCGUACAAGGCGGAGUUGGAGAAUGACGUGGAGACGAUUGCUGUGAAACUUUGGAAGAAAGAUUGUAAGAAUGCUCCAGAUGUGAAAACGAUGGCUAUUACGGAUGGUGUUUUUGAAGACGUCAUCAAGACUCCAGAUGACAAGAAAGAUUAUGAAGCCAUGAAUCCCGCCGCCGGAAGAGCCGAACUAGUUGCUCAUUGCGAGAAAUUAAUCCCAGAAGUUGCACAAUCGGUCAUCAAAUUCCUCGGAUUCUUGACAAAAUAUAUCGAAAGACUCGAAGACGCCCCACAAACAGAUGACGUGAAAGCUGAUCUCAAGGAUUGCAAGUAUGUGUUGAAACCGAUUGAGGGUUUACCCGCAAAACUGCGGAAUGUCUUGAGAAGAAUAAAGGGAGACGAUACAUUUGACGUUGAGGAGAUUCGGGAGACGAUGGUUAAGGUUCAUGGUAUCAGACGUGAGAUGGCAACGGGGAUGAAACGUUUCGAAGGAAUGGAUAUGGAUGUUGGAGAGCAGGAGAAUGGAAAAGAAACUACGGAUGGUGUUUAUGAAGACGUCAUCAAGACUCCAAAUGACAAGAAAGAUUCUGAAGCCAAGAAUCCCGACUGUGAAGAAGCUUCCGAAAAACCCGACGUUUUCCAGACAAUUGGAAAGAAGAUGUUUGGAUCGAUCCCUGAAGCAAAUGCUCUGGUAGACCCACGCUCUCGAAAAGCGCGCUCCAUCAACCCGGAUGACUAUGACUACGUGGGAUCCAUGUAUCCAGAUGACUUCACACACUACCUUGAGCACCGAAGAAAGUUGGAGAACAGGGAUUUCGAUUUCGACUGCAGCUGGGCUCGUCUACAGUUUCUCGCUGUCUUCUUCUUUGUCCUUUUUUCGAUUCUUUUUGUGGUUUUAUGGAUUGAGACAUUCGUUUAUUAA